AUUUACUCGCACCUUUUCUUGACGCUGCGCCAUUGCAUUUUUGUGUCCAUUUUCGAGAGAACACUGGGGAACGUUUAAUUAAUGGAUUAAAACUUUAUUAAAGGGCAUCACCGGCCACAUCCUCCGUGUGAGAACUCCGGGUGCUGUGAAACAAAGACCGACUGAAGAUGACGUGACGUCGACUCACCUCACCCACGAGGAGCGCAGACAUGGCAGAUGCUUUAAACGCGCUGGUCAGUCAGUCCUGCUUCAACGUUUUACAAGACAAGUUGGAAAGAUGGCAAAGAGCGUAUCAUGUGAUUUCCUGUGAUGAGAAUAUGAAUCGGUGCUGUGAGAUGAUGGAAUUAACUGCCAAAAUCCAAGGGCAGCUUUUUGCCAUCCUUAACUCUGUAGCUGCUGAUGGUCAACACACAGACGGCGUGGCCACGCUAAAAACACGUCUGCUUCCAUGGCUGGGCUCUUGUUUCUUGCUAUUGCGGCCCCCUGUCCACAAAGACGCCGGUUUCAGUGUCUUGCAGGAUUUGGCAGAAGAGGAGCGUAAGCUUACAGAGCUCUCUAGCGGCAAGAUGAGCGACACACAGUGGCUGGAGCCUCAGCUGUGCUCCACUCGGCUGCAGUUGGAAUCGCUCCAGGCAGGGCUGGACGAUGGUCACUCGUAUCUGAACCAGACAAAAAGCAAAACAGCCACCACUGAGGAUGAACUACUGCAACUGAAAGAGAACUUGAGAGCAGUAUACUUACAAAAUGACCUCUACAAGAAGAAGUUGGAUUCCUGUCACGAUUACGAGCGUCAGAUGUCCAAGUGGAGGAAUGAAAUAUCGUAUCUGAGCUCACAGAGGCUGGCCAGAAGCAAUUCGGUGAGAUCCGAGACGAUGGCAUGGUCGCAGCUCACCAGCUCGUCACGUCUCCUGCGCGUGGUCUCGCGCUUCAGCGACCUAUACAAUGUGGAGCGUAAGGAGGCGCAGCUGCAGCUUCAGGGCUACUUGAAUGACUUGGAAACGGUCCAGAGGAUCAUCUUCAUUGCCAUGGUGGAGUCCUUCAAGGCAGCCAAACUGGCUCACCGUCUCUUCAGGCUGCGCGCUCGCAAGACUCUCUCAUCGUGUCACUUCGGGCCUGAAAGCCUGGAAGAUACCGUGUUGGACUACAUUGUUCGAAACCAGGACCUCUAUGACGUGGAGAAUAGUGUGGACGAAGUACUCAGCGCUAUGAACCUCAACCCUCGCAUCGCUUCCAUUCCAAAAAUCAACUUCUCCGUGGCGCGCCCCUUAAUUAGGGAGACCUGCAAGCUGGCCUUCACCAUGCAGACGUUGGACCCGCCCAUUGACUUGGCCUUUGCCAAUGAUGGAGAACUUUUCAUUAGCAGCAAGUACCGGCGCAGCCCCGACUCGGACCUCUCGGCCCAGCUGGUCUCCUACCACGUGUGGCCCGCUCUGAUGCAAGGCGGAACCGUGCGUGCCAAGGGUGAAGCCGUGACCAAGAAAGGAACUGUGUGGAUCAGAAGCCCGCUGAGCUUCGUGCGCUCACGCUCUCUCAGUCCAACUCGCAAUCUUACGUUUAACGACAGGAAAAGAUUGUCUCCGGACGCUCUCUCCGCCAGCUGCCUCUGAACUCUUAUUGGAUCCAUGACAGGCCACAGUUUGCGUUAGUGUUGGCUCGUGAGUGAGUGAUUCGUUCAAAACAACGAUUUGUUUCAUAUGACUUCAACCGGUAGAUGUCGGGAAUGCGCAUUAAAGCUGGUUCCACCUUGCCGUAAAACAAAACGAAGAAGAAAAUGACGUCACUUCCCGUUCACGAAGGAGUCAUGAAUUGCAUUUCCCGUCGACCAACGGAACGGAGCU